GGUGGUGGGAGGGCUUUUUGUUUUUCCUUUUUUUUCUUUCUUGUAUUUAUACCCUUUUAACAUAUAUACAUGACCAUUCACAAUUUAUAUAUAUUUGAUCGACAUUGUCAAUGUAUCUAUUUUCAAAAAUGGUCUCAUCAAAACAAAUCCAAUCUCGGCAGUAGUAGUGUCAAUGGUAAUAGUGUCAACAGUACUAGUCAAACAGGAUCCAGUCGUCUAGGACUCACCACAUCAUCACGUCUUUCACAGUCGAACACGUCUAUAUCGGAUACAAACAACAACAAUAGCAGUAGCCAUGCAUCAAAUUCCAUGACACAAAAUGAGGACCGGUCAUCAUCCGCCACUUACCUUGGUACUAUGACACAACAAAGUGGACUUGCAGCAGGAAGUGUCAUGUCUAUUGAAGAAGAAGCUAAACUAGUUUAUGGUGUCAUCUUAUCAUUGCGCAACUUUGUACGAAAAUUGACCCCAAGUUCUAAUGGUGAUAAUCAAGAUGGUUUUAUCUCUUAUUGUACUUCGACUUAUCGACUCCAUUAUUAUGAAACACCCACUGGACUCAAGUUUGUACUUAAUACAGAUCCGGCGACAGAAGGUAUGCGACCUGUCUUGAAACAAAUUUAUGUUCAACUAUAUGUUGAUUUUGUGGUGAAAAAUGGAUUGAUGCGAUUUGAUGAUACACGAUGGGAAAUUAGUCAAGGACUUUUAUUACAACAACAACAACCUCAACAUAGCUCGGAUGAUCAACAACAACAACAAAGUCAACCUCCUCCUCCUGGUAACAUUUCCAAUGAAUUAUUCCGUAUAGCUGUAGAUAGAUUUGUACGUAGUUUGACUGUAUUUGAAUGAUUUUUCUUGUAUCAACAUACAUGGUCUUGAUUGGCUGGGUGUGAAUCCAUUACUUUCUUAAUAAAGAUUUCCC